AUGGAUCACCUGGAACGGGAGAUCAGGGACCUGCUAACCGUGGCAGGGUACGGAGACCUUCUUCCGGGCGGUAGGAAAGCCGUCCAGCCAGCCCAGCGAGACGAAGAGUCAGAAAACGUCUUCGAAGAUAGGCUUGAAAUCUGGCUAGACAGACAGACCAGGGUUAAAGCAGUCCUCUGCAACCGACUUAGCUUUCUAGCCCGUGAGGAUGUCAAGCACCUAGAAACGGCCGCGCAGAUCCUCCAAGCCAUCGAGGCGCGCUACAAGCCCAGUGGCAGCGCUUGCUUCCAGGAGCUGGAUAAGAAGUACAUGGACCUGACUCUCGAUGUCUGUACUGAUGUCAUGGACUUCGCCGAAAAACUCCGACAAGCCCGCUCAGAGCUGCUAGAGCUCGACGUCUCUUGUCAAAUCGGGGAACCCCAGUUCAUCAGCAAGUUCCUCACAGGGCUAGGUCCAGCCUACGAGGUGUUUCUCACAGCAUUCUAUCAGCAACACAACCUGCUGCCAAAGAGGGACCUUGCUGGAGCGGUCAAAAGACCAGCAGUCUCCUUCGAAGAAGCCAUCGCCGCUGCUGAACACGAAGAACAGAGCCAGAAGCAACGAGGCGCCACCGCCGGUCAAGCUCUUGCCAUGACUCGGAGAGACAGAGACGUGCCCGUCUGCACCCACUGCAAAAGGAAAGGACACACCGUGGAUAAGUGCUUUAGAGUCCAUCCAGAGCUCAAGGCCGACUUCGACAAGAGACAUGCAGAGAGACUCAAAAAGAAACAGGAUCAUCGCGGCAGGCAGGAGCCCACUACAUCUUCCACUACACCUUCCAUCACAGAUAUCCAGACCGCCCUAGCCUACUUGCAAGGUCAAGCCAAUGACCAACCACAGUCGCAGUCACAGGCUCUUGCCAACCUCGCUAUGCCCCGUUUCACCUUCCCAUGCACGAUACACCUCGCCCCUCCUGGUGCUGCCAAUCCAGUGGGAGUGCGUGAUGAUCUGGAUCCGGCAGCACUGGCCGCUCAGCACACGCUGCUUUCACAGAUCCACAUCCUCGACACAGGCGCCUCACAGCACAUCUUCUGCCGCCGAGGCAAAUUCGGGCCCCUUGCUCCGUACACUGGUCUUCCCUACGCAGGGGCCAAGGGAGCCCAAUUCCUGCCCAUGGGCGCCGGCAGCUAUGACCUGCCAGUGAAGGUCUGUGGGAAAGACCACAUGCUGACCUUCCAAGACGCCCUCUGUGCCCCUGACGCAGGCGUCAACCUGGUGUCCGUCACAGCUCUCGGCAAGCAGGGGUGCUGGAUCCUUGGCAAUGGCGAGCACGCUGCCAUCGUUAAAGGCGGCCAGAUUGUGCUGACGGCCACUGUGGCUAAUGGUGUCUACGUGAUUGACGAGCCAAACAGAGACAUCAACGCCGCACUGGCUAGCCUGCGUACUCGGGAUCCUGACCUGACCUUCUGGAACGAAGCUACUGAUGAAAUCAGGCGUCAUAGCAACCUUUCUGUCGUCAGCAGCGACCCAGCUGCCCUCGUCACCUCGCAGGUCCAAGAUCCCAACCUACGCAUCUGGCACGAGAGACUGGCCCACCUCAGCGAGCGCAACAUCAAGAGGCUGCAAGGGAUGUCCACUGGUCUGCGACCCCAAUCGCCACAAGACCCGUGCGAGGCCUGCGCUAUUGGCAAGAUCAAGGAAGGAUCUCAUAGGCACUCUAUUCGAAAGGGAACCUGGCCGCUAGAAAGUCUGCAUAUUGACAUCUGUGGGCCGUUUCCGGACACUGGAUACGACGGCAGCAGAUACUGGGUGGCCAUCCUAGACGACUACACUCAGUACGGAUGGACCUUUAGCGUGGCCACCAAAGACAGCCUCUUCCCGAUCUUCCAGGCGUUCCUUCAGAAGCAUGAGACGCCUACCAGGCGAUGCCUCUACGUGCGGAUGGACCUAGGAGGUGAAAAUCGCUCCACGCUGCUAGAUGCCUUCUGCACCGACAAGGCGAUCGAAGUCAUCUACGCCGCCACGGAACAGCACCAGCAAAACGGGGCCAUUGAGGUCUUCCAUAGGGUCCUAAGCGAGAAGCUCAACCCUACGCUAAUUCGGUCCGGCCUCGAGCGCAAAUGGUGGCCCUACGUACUCCAGAGCAUCACCUACGUCCGCAACUUGUCUCCUACAGCCAAGUUACCUACCACACCGUACGAAGCCUGGCACGGCGAAAAACCUGAUGUUACCCAUCUUCGAGUCAUCGGAUCAAAAGGCUGGGCACUACUGCCAGCAGCCAAACGCAGGAAGCUGCAGCCUAAGGGUAUCCCGUGCAGAAUGCUGGGGUACCAAGGGCACUGUAACUACAUCCUGCUUGAUAGCAGCAACAGGGUCUUCGUGUCUCCCAACGUCAUCUUUGUCGAACACGUCGCCAAGCCUACGGUCUCUGAAAGACAGCCCAAGAGGCCCAAGACUGGCCAAAGCCUUGGCCAGCUGAUCCGGGAGGAAGGCCAGCAAGCCGAAUGUCCGCCUCGGACACUUCGCAACGGCAACAAUACAACAGCCGACACCGCGUCUCUCUACACACCAGCAACUUCCACAGCGCUCUCGCCCGAGCCUGAAGAUAGCCAAACCUCAGAUUCCACGCGAGACCUGUCUGACAGCUCUGAAGACAACAUAGUGUCCCAUAGAGACGAGUCGGACGACAGUGCCCUGCUCGACCUGCUGGAAGAGACAAGCCCCGAACCAUCUGUUUACUCAACUAUCCAUGCCGCUGCUGAUCCGAUCAGGCCGUCGGUCAGAAGGUCCACCAGACAAAGAGUUCCCCCUCUGCGCUAUGGCUAUAAUUUCGAUCACGCCUUCGCAAUGGCUAUGGCCAUCUCACAGCAAUGGGAAGACCACGAGCCCCUUGCCUUCAAACAGGCCAUGCAGUCAGAUAGCGCCAAGAACUGGCACGCCGCUAUGGCGGACGAAAUCCAGUCCCUGAAGGCCCUACGAGGGAAGUGGGGCUACGAGCAACAGGAAGGCAUCGACUAUAGCGAAACCUUCGCCUCAGUGGUCAGGCCAGAAAGCUACAGAACAAUUUUCGCCAUAGCCGCCGCUGAAGACCUAGAGAUCGAGCAAAUGGAUGUCAAGACCGCUUUCCUCUACGGGGACAUCGACGAAGAAGUCUACCUCGAGCAGCCAGAGGGCUUCGAAGACGGCACUGGCCGCGUCUGCAGGCUCAAGAAGGCCAUCUAUGGGCUCAAGCAGGCGCCUCGCAUCUGGUUCCACACCAUCACCAAGUUUCUUGAGACACUAGGCUACAGGCCCAUUGCGGCAGACGUCAGCGUCUUCGUCCGUGGCAAGAGCAUCAUUGCAAUCUACGUCGACGACCUACUUCUCACUGGAGCCUGUCCUCGGAGGUCCAACGGAUCAAGGAUGCCCUCAGCAAACGCUUCCAGAUGA